GUCGCACGGCCACACCGAGCAAUAGUCCCCCUCAAUCGCAUGCAGCAUUUGCGGCGUGGUUGAAAUGUAAAAACGGUUUCAGCCCUCUGCGCAGAAAAGAGGCGUAAAUCGACCAAUACGACAAACGGAAUGUCGUGGCUGAAGAUGCUGACGCGGCAGCCACACUGUUGGUUGGCCUCACAAGGCCCAACAUCCAUCCGUCUGACAUCGCCAAGGUAGAAAACCAUCUUACUUGAACCUGACGCAAGGUAACAUUAAGCUACUCACAAGUCGAUCGCGAAUCCAUCAUCACAGAGAGCCGCAAAGACGCAACUGCAAUGGGACCGUCAAAAACAUCACCUUCCGAGGCGGCACCAGCCUACGAUGAGCACGGCUUCCACGACGAGCAUCCCGUAAACGCGUUCCCUCCAUCAGGAUCAGCCUCGGCCUACGCGACGAUCCCGCAGAACGACGAGCGUGAUAUCGAGCUGGCACACGAUCACUCGGGGCCAGAUUCGUCGGCCCCUUUCAACCCCUUCAAGCCGCACCAACAUUGCGAGACGUGCGACAAAUUUACGUCGGCGCGCGAGAUCAGGGCCAAUGAGAGGCAUUGCUGCCUCUGGGUUGCCAUCGUGUUCAUCACAAUCAGCGUCUCGAUGGCGGUGAUGGGAAUCGUUGCUGUUGAGGCAAAGUUCAGGCACCACAAGGACUAGAACUUGGCCUUCAUUCAAAGCACUUGAGGCUCGAAAUUCGUUCAACGAGUGCAGGGGCUGCUGAUAGGUGGCGUAGAUGGUUCUUUGACUAGGUCUGCAAGUCAAAACUCAAGCCUGUCAUCACCCUCCUCAGAUAUAUACUCCCUGUUGACCACUCUUGCCCUAAGUUGCCUGAGUCUGUCACGGCAGACUUCAUUUACUUUGGCGUGUGGUCGUGAGCUUGACACUGUACGCAUAACAUACAACUAGGAUAGACAG